UACAUAACGUUACGCUACAUUCUCAUGGUUCGUUCCCUUUUCUCAGACGAAAAGAGUUUUACUUAGUGUGGAUUCUCGGGCUUCCGUAGUUGUGGUUCAAGCGUCGCUGCGCCCAUGUGCUAGUUAGCAAGCCACCUCUUCCAACUUGAGGUUUUUCCCCUCCUUAUAUUGAGUCAUUGAAAUUACCAUACAGUAAUGAUCCCAAAUAAUAAAAUAUAGCUAUAUUUUCCGCUGUGCCAACUUGAGAAAAGCCCAGCAGACAAAGGAUUAGGAAGUGCUGUAUGUCGAUAAUUCCUGCUAGGCUUCUCCCCAUUCUACAAGCGACUUUCAUCAAUCACUUCCACCAAAGACUUCUAAGGACAGUUGCCUGUAGGGGACUGAGAACCAUGGAGCCUCUCAGGGCCACUCAGGACCCCCAGGUUAUGACAACCCUAACUGGGGUGGACACCAAGCCUCAGGCACCCACCUCUAGAGAUCCAGCUAUGGAAGGUUUAAACCCAACUCCUGUUGACCCCCCGGAACAGGAGAAGACACAGAGGACAGGACUGUUGCAAGGAGAGACUGUUGUCAGAGAGGGAAAGGCGACCAUACUGUUUCCCAGCGCAAACGAGGUAUUCUACAACCCUGUGCAAGAGUUCAACAGAGACCUGACGUGUGCAGUGCUGACCGAGUUUGCCAGGGAUGAGAUGGCCCUAAGGGGGGUGAAGGUGCUAGUGCCGGGGGAGAAGAGGGUGGUGGUCAGUCUGGCUGACGAGAAGGUGGGUCCAAAGGAGGCGAUGAGCGAAGAUGAAGAGGAGGGAGGAGACAAAGGUGUAGAGGAGCCGAUCAUAACUGCUGCAGUGGGGGAGCGUUGUGAGAAAGGUCUGAGUGUGUUGGAGGGUCUGGCUGCGUCUGGCCUGCGCUCUGUCAGGUUUGCCUUGGAGGUGCCUGGGCUACGUAGCAUCACGGCUAACGACUUCUCCGCCAAGGCUGCCGCCCUCAUCGCCCGAAACGCCCAGCACAACGGGGUCACACACCUACUGCAGGCCAGCCAGAGAGACGCCAGUAUGUUGAUGUAUGAGAUGCGCGGCAAAAAGGAACGCUAUGACGUCAUAGACCUGGACCCCUAUGGCAGCCCGGCCUGUUUCCUGGAUGCAGCCGUGCAGGCAGUCGCUGAAGGAGGUCUGUUGUGUGUGACGUGUACCGACAUGGCUGUGAUGGCAGGGAACAGUGGGGAAACGUGCUACAGCAAGUAUGGCUCCAUCUCCAUCAAAGCCAAGUACUGCCAUGAGAUGGCUUUGCGUAUCAUCCUACACAGUCUAGACCAGAGGGCUGCCGUGUACCAGCGCUACAUCCACCCGCUGCUGUGCGUCAGCGUGGACUUCUACAUACGAGUGUUUGUCAGGGUGCGGACCGGGCAGGCCGUGGUGAAGAACUCCGCCAGCAAACAAGCGUUGGUGUACAACUGUGUCGGGUGCGGCUCGUUCCACUUGCAGCGGAUGGGCAAGAGGACGACUCAGGGAAAACAUGUAAAGUACUCCGCAGCCACCGGGCCGCCAGUUGGACCAGACUGUGAACACUGUGGACACAGACACCAGCUGGGUGGUCCUGUCUGGGGUGAAUCUCUCCACGAUGUGGCCUUUGUCCAGAAGGUUCUAUCCGCCGUGUCGGCGAACCCGUCCCGCUUUGGAACCGCCCGGCGCAUAGAGGGCAUGCUCAGCAUGGUCACGGAGGAGCUGCAGGAUGUCCCUCUGUAUUACACCGUGGACAACCUGAGCAGCACACUACACUGCAGCACCCCGCCCCUACUCCAGUUCAGGUCAGCCCUGCUCCACGCCGGCUACCGGGUGUCCCUGUCCCACGCCUGUAAGAACGCUCUGAAGACGGACGCCCCCCCCAGGAUCCUCUGGGACAUCAUGCGCUGCUGGGAGAAGUCCAACCCAGUGAAGAGAGAGAGACAGUCAGAAAGCAGCCCUGCCCAUCGCAUCCUCAACACCGAACCCAUUCUGCAGGCAUGUUUCGACGUGAGGGAGGAUGCCAACCCCCAGUCCAGACGACGCCACCUCACCCGCUUCCAGGAGAACCCGGAGCCCAAUUGGGGACCCAAGGCCCGAGCCAAGGAAGGUGGCGGAGGAGUCACAACACAUCUGGAGGACAAGAGAAAACAGUGUCAGAACAAGAGGAAAAAUCAGAUCACAGAUGCCGCCCAGCUGAAGAGCUUCCCCUGCAAGAGAUUCAGGAAGGUUAGGGCACGUGCACGCACGGUGAGAAAUGCUGUUACUCCCAUGACGUGGACAAGACGGGUUGAGUUCUCGCCUGCCCCGGUCAUUGGUACCCCGGUUUCCAGCCGGCCCCUCGCUGCGCCGUUCCACACCCCUGCCGCGUUGGAGACAAUCAGGGUGUCAUAUUGAUCCCGGCCCAGUGCCCUGACCUGGUUCCAUGCCUUGGACAUAAUGAACUCUUUUUGGUUAGUUCUGCUGUUUUCCCCCUCCAGGUACCGGAUCAGCCUCCCUCAACCCUAACCAACAAACUGACCGUACUUGGGGAUGCGGUGUGUUAUUUAGCAUGUAGUGGAGAUACAUGUCUCCAUAAGAUGGGGGAGACCAUCUACCUUUAUUUUCUUUGGUUGUUUUGACAGUCUAAUAAAAGUCACUAUGGCAACAGGU